AUGAUUCAGGGUCAAAUUAAGGAAGCUUUUGACAGACAGAGGUCUUAUACAGAUCUGAAACAGAAGAACAUAGAGUUCAAUAUAGACGAUAAGAUGUUCCUUAAGGUGUCACCUUGGAGAAAGGUACUUCAAUUCGGCCAAAAGGGGAAGUUGACUCUACGCUUUAUUGGACCUUAUGAGAUUCUCGAGAGAAUAGGUCCUCUAGCUUACCGACUAGCUUUAUCGUCUGAGAUGAAGUGCAUUCACAAUGUGUUCCACGUGUCCAUGCUUCGGAGGUACCAUAUAUACCCACCAUAUGUGAUUCCAUUGGAGCAGAUUAAAAUGACCCCAGAUAUAACUUACGUUGAUGAACCAAUAAUGACCAUGGCCUGA